CUUUUCUUUCAGGGCUUUUGAUAAGUCUCUUCACUUCUGACUUGUGCUGCGCACUCUCUUUCAAUCUUUUAGCUGGUCUAUAUUCAACCCUUUGUCAAUUUCUCGAACAUUACAUACGCCGCCGUCAAAAUGAAGACAUCCACUCUUUCUGCGCUGAGUGCUAUGUUUGCCGGCUUGACGCUAGCCCAUCCUGUUGAUUUUGCCAAACGAGGCUCUGGCUUGUCUGAAGUCGAUAUCACCAUCCUUCAAUUCGCCUUGACCCUCGAGCACCUCGAGAACACCUUCUACCUUGAAGCCUUCAACACAUUUCAACUGCAAGACUUUAUCGAUGCUGGUUUCACUGAAGAAUUCUUCCUGAACCUGCAAUUCAUCUCAUUUGAUGAAUCUUCUCAUGUUGCGCUUCUCGAAGCCGCAAUCGAGUCUGCCGGUGUUGCUCCGGUUCUACCAUGCCAGUACAACUUCCCGGUCACGGAUGUCCCUAGCUUUGUUACUUUGUCUGCCAUCCUGGAAAGCGUCGGGACGAGCGCCUACCUCGGCGCUGCACCAUCCAUCAAAUCAAGCAGCAUCCUUUCCGUCGCCGCCAGUAUCAUGGCAGAUGAGGGAUUACACACUGCCCUCCAAAGAUCAGCCAUUGGAGCAAUUGGCUCCCCAGAUCCCUUCGUUACUCCCCUGGACCCCAACUCCGUCUUUACGCUCGCUGCUGAGUUUAUCGUCUCAUGCCCAGCAUCAAACCCACCAUUGCCAUUUACUGCUUUUGCUGGCCUUGCUGUAGGUGGACAGCAGUGCUUCAACGAAGUCGGCAUCGCUACAUCUGCUGUCGAGGCAGCUGUUACUGCCACGGCCACCAGCAGCACAAAUUACGCGACUCUCAUUUCUGCUGCCUCCAAUGACUCCACGUCCACCACCACUUCCGCAGCUGCCACAACCACUACUGCGGCUGCGAAACUUCGCGUUCGCCAGGACAACAGCACUUCCACCUCAGACUCCAGCACCACUACCACCACCAACAGCUCCAGCACAACCACCACUGAUUCCGCCGUUUCCUCCGCCACCGAUGUCUCUGCCGCAUCCAGUUCCAGCUCUGGCUGCGCGCCUCCAUCCGCCGGCUCCAGCAUUCAACUGAUGCCAGAUGUUUCUUCAUCAAAACACGACUUCAAGAGUGUUACCGAGCUUUUCGUAACCUUCGUUGAGGGACUGAACAUCAUCUCUGUUGGCGUCAAGGUCGACGGCUCGUCGAUCAGCAGUGGCAUGAACGUCGAGAUUCCUGCCGGUGUCUUCGGACAGACCUACAUCUUCAUUACUCUUGUCGACAUUUCCGGGCAGUCAUUCAGUGACUCGAAUGUUCUCUUCGGGCCUGCCAUCAUGGAGAGUGAGUUUCUUCCUUCUCUUUCGUGGUCCUGAUCCGUAUGACUAACAAAUAUCCUAGUUGCUCCGGCGCUUCCAUCGCUUGGACUGUAAUGCCCACUCCAAGUGGCAUGCACCAUGGAAGGCUGAAUGACCUCACCUACCGGAUGCGGAAUGCGUAUCGCGAUGGAACCUGGUCUGGCGUGGCGUG